AUGGAGAGGGGAAAUCAUACUUGUCCGUCUGAUUGCAACAAAUCUGAUGCUAGCAUCGUGCAUGAUCGAGGGAAGCCGCCCAACUCAUUCAAGGGCUUUCCUAAUAAGCCGUUGAAUAUUGAUGGUAACUCUUUCCUUCCUCGUAGGGGUACUGUUCAGGAUUUACAUGUAGAACCUAGGAAGAUUAAUGUCAUCGAUGAACUAAUGAAGAUAACGGAACCGGUGGUUGAGGAUUCGUUAAAUUCUGAUGAGCAUGUGGCUGGGGAAACUAGUAAUUCGGGUAAAGGGCAUAUUCCGAAUGAUAAUAACAGUAUGCCGAGGUCUUAUGCGGAUUCAGUCUUGAAUCUGAAUACUAGAAAAGUUAAUUUUCGGUCACUUAGCUGCUCGGAGAAACAUGAUGAAUGUGAUAUUGUAUUACCAAAGGAGUCGGUUCGAGUGGUUCAGGAUAAGUUAGCUAAUACCCUGAUUGGAUACUUUUUAGGUGAUCGUAUUGCUUACCCGGUAGUGGAGUUUUUCGUUCGUAACAAUUGGAAAAAGUUUGGUCUUGAAAAGUCAAUGAUGAAUGCUACUGGUUUUUUCUUUUUUAAGUUUGCGGACCGGAAAGGAAUGAUGGAUGUUUUAAAGGAAGGCCCUUGGAUAAUUCGGUCUCAACCAAUUUUUCUAAACGAGUGGUCACCUUCUAUGAAACUGGAAAAGAAGGAAGUCACCAAGGUUCAGGUUUGGGUUAAGAUCCAUGAGGUUCCUUUAGCUGCAUAUAGGGAGGAUGGUCUAAAUAUGAUUGCGACUACAAUUGGGGAACCGAAACAUCUAGACUCUUAUACAGCUUCAAUGUGUAUUGAUAGUUGGGGAAGAAGUAGCUAUGCAAGAGCUCUGGUUGAACUUUCAGCUGAGAAAGACUUGAAGGAGGAAAUCACCUUGGCUAUUCCGGUUUUGGAGGGGGAGGGUUUUAUUAAGGAAACCAUGUAUGUUGAGUAUGAAUGGUGUCCUCUUAGGUGUUCGGGGUGUUGUGUUUUUGGCCAUUCUGAUGAUAUGUGUCCAAAGAAGCCAAGAAAACCAAUGAGCAGCGUUAAUCAUGAACAAGGAGGUAACCCGGUGAAGCAAGGGAGCCGGAAGGGUAAGGAAGUUGUCAAAGUGGAUGCGGAUGGUUUCUCAGGGGUUCAUUCAAAGAAGGUUGCUAGGAAAGGUGGUAUCCAAAUCAAUAAACCAAAGUCUAAAUUCGAAUAUAGACCUGAAGUGAAUGUGGAUAAAGGUCAAAGUAGCAAGUCGGCUGGGGGCGGAAACGUGGAUUCGGAGGAAGAUGAGGUGAUGGAGGGCUAUAGUGAGAUGGAUGAGUUUCUCAUGGAAGGGACGCAUAGAGUUAAAGGGGCAAGCACUCCUUCUCCAGAUGUGUCUAAUGAAUCCCAUGUGAACGUAGAAAAUCUUAAUAAGGUUAUGCAUUUUCAACUCGUGUUUAAGCAAGACAAGAAAGUGUUUUUUUGUUCCAUUGUUUAUGCAGCCAAUUAUUAUAUUACUGGAAGGGAGUUAUGGUAUCAUUUAUCUAAGCAUAAAGUGCUUGUGGGUAAUAAACCUUGGGUUAUCUUGGGCGAUUUCAAUUCAGCUCUUAAUCUAGAUGAUAAGUCAAUGGGAGCUUCAAAUAUUUCGACUGGCAUGAGAGAUUUUCAAGACUGUAUUUCGGAGUUAGAGGUGUUUGACAUAAAUAGCUCGGGCUUGCAUUUCACGUGGAAUCAAAAACCAAAAAAGGGUGCCGGUUUGCUAAAUAAAAUUGACAGGGUCAUGGGUAACACUCCUUUUGUUGAUAUGUUUCCCAAUUCGGUGGCUCUUUUCCACCCCUAUCGUCUAUCUGAUCACUGUCCUUGUUUGUUAAAGAUCCCAAUGCCGGCUAAGAAUAAACAUAGACCGUUCAAAUUCGCAAACUUUUUGGUUUAUAAGCCGGGUUUUAUUGAGGCAGUUAAGAAGGUUUGGGAUACUAAUAUCGAAGGGGUCCAACAACUUCAAGUGGUGAAAAAGCUUCGUUUAUUAAAAAAUCCGCUUCGUGCGUUAGUGUUUCAACAAGGUAAUCUGCACAAGAAAGUGGAGGAGCUUCGUUCUAGGCUGGAUGCGAUUCAACGGGAUAUCGAUAGCAGCCCUUUAAAUGCUGUUCUUCGAGAGCAAGAGAUGAAGAUUUCGGCUGAUUUUCAAGAGGCUUGUCUAGAUGAGGAGCGCUUCUUAAAACAAAAAUCUAAAGUGGAUUGGCUUCGAGCGGGGGAUGCCAAUACGGCGUUCUUUCAUGCUUCCUUGAAGAGCAGAAAUCAUUCAACCAGAAUUGAUGUUAUUUCAAAUAACGAAGGGGUUCUGUUUGAGGGCGAGAAUGUUUCUAAGGCGAUUGUGGCUCAUUAUGAGAAGUUCCUUGGUAGUGAAGAUGAUAUAGCAAUUCGGCCAUCGCAUGAGUUGUUUUCAAAGAAGUUGAAUGAAGGUGAUGCGUUGUAUAUGGUUCGUCCGGUCACCAGUCAAGAGGUUAAGCUGGCUAUGUUUUCUAUUGGGAAUGAAAAAGCCCCUGGUCCAGAUGGGUAUUCGGCGGCGUUUUUCAAGAGUGCUUGGGAUAUUAUUGGUGUUGAUGUUUCGAAUGCUAUUAUUGAUUUUUUCAAUACUGGUAAGCUUCUUCGGGAGCUGAAUAAUACUCUCAUUGUUCUUAUUCCAAAGAAGACUACUUUUUUUUCAGUUACGGAUUAUCGGCCCAUUGCUUGUUGCAAUGUCAUCUACAAAUGUAUCAGCAAGAUUGUGGCGGAUCGUAUUAAGGGUUCUUUGAACCAAAUUGUAAGCAUUAACCAGUCGGCUUUUAUACCGGGAAGGAAGAUAUCGGAUAACAUAUUGCUCACCCAGGAAUUGAUGCACAACUAUCAUAGAAGCUUUGGUCCGCCCCGUUGUGCUUUUAAAGUUGAUAUUCAAAAAGCUUAUGACACGGUUCAUUGGAAUUUUCUAAAGGAUGUGCUCGUUAGGUUUGGUUUCAAUUCGAGGAUUGUGGACUGGAUUAUGACCUGUGUUUCUACCCCUGCAUAUUCUCUCUGUGUUAAUGGGGAAGUGCAUGGUUAUUUCAAGGGUAGACGUGGUUUGCGGCAAGGAGAUCCGUUAUCUCCUUAUCUCUUUACUCUUGUCAUGGAAACUCUAACUUGCAUUCUACAGCAUGCUUCUCGGUUGGAUUCUUCUUUCAAGUUUCAUAACAAAUGUGAAAAGCAGCGUAAUCUAUGUCACAAGGCGUUUGACAGUUAUCAUCAUGUAUCACAUAAACAGCUAAUCACAUUUAUGCAGCUUAAGCUUUACAAUCAGGGUUGUUCUCAGUCGUUUUAA